GGCUGACCAUACAACUGUGUAAUGCUUUUUUGGGAGAAAAAGUAACCUGAUGGAGUUUAUGGACGAUGCAAUCGUUUGUUCUCCUCGCUUCUCUGUGUGGAUGCGUCCUUUGCUCAGUCUGGCCUUAUCAGAUGCAGUGUUACCACUGUGAAGAGACUCUGUUGGACAAUGACUGUUCAGCUCCAAAGUUCAUUGUCAACUGCACAGCAAACAUCCAGAAUGCCUGUCAGAAGGAGGUGAUUGUGGGUGAAAAUGGUGUGAUUUACAGGAAGGCCUGUGCCUCCUUCUCCACCUGUCUGAUUGUUUCAGCAGGGUAUCAGUCUUUCUGUGUCCCAGGUCGGGUGGGCUCUGUCUGCAUUAGCUGCUGUAACACCCCCCUCUGCAACGGACCCCGCCCCCCAAGGAUCUCCCUGGCCCCCAGCCAUCCCCCCACCAGACCCACUGCACUCCUCCUCAUCAUCAUCACUGUUUCCAUGGCAACACUGCCCUGAUAUGGACACUGGACAGGGAUUCUGAAAUCAAAGCAACAGAGCUGUCCGACACAUACCGGUCCGUUGACGGGGGUGAGAAAUUUAGGAAGUAUA